ACAGUACUUGUACCUGACCUGCCACGUCCUCAUUGGCUGAGGGUUCUCUGCUUGUCUUAUCACCAUGUUACAUGAGCUCUAAGGUCCAGCUGUCUGAGACCAGCUGAGAUGUUUAUUGUCUGAGACUCUGUCGGAUGAACAUGUCCACAGAAGAGCUCAGUGAGGAGCAAAGUCAGGAAAACAAACAUAUUUGACACUUGGAGGGCUUGGAGAAGGAGGUCAGGGACACUAGGACAGGACAGGCUGGAACUCGUACAGUCUCUGACACAAUAUUGAGGCGCUUUCAGGUUUUCUGCCCAGAUCAGCACAGAGUAAAGCAGGUUGUAUUUGAUGGAAGAUUAACUUUCAGGAGACUCAUUGAGCUGGAGAAGAUCAGGAACAGGAUAGCUUCUGGUUUUCUCCUUUCAAUCAUUAAUGUUCAACAGGCUUUCCUCUGCUGCUCUUCACACCCCUAAACUCCCUCCGUCCUCUCUGUCCGGUCUGUCCAGUUGCCCGGCAGCCUUCAGACUCUGAAACUAAGGUCCUGAACUCUCCAGAACACUCUGGUCCUUCCUCUUCUCACUGAGAUGGGGUUCACAGACCUGCUAGAAGAGGUGGGCGGUUUUGGCAGGUACCAGUGGAUCCAUGUCACCCUAAUCAGUUUACCCGGUCUGAUGAUGGCGAGUCAGAACCUACUGAACAACUUUGUCUCAGGGGUCCCAACCCAUCACUGCAAUCCUGUCACCAAUCAGAGCCUGGACGACCUGGCGUUCUCCUUCCAGGUGGACAAGCAGCAGCUGCUGAAAGUCUUUAUUCCUCCAGAUCCUUCAGGAAAUAGACUUGACCGCUGCAGGAGGUAUGUGGAGCCUCAGUGGCAUCUGUUGCACCUGAACGGCUCUUUGAAUGUCAGCCAGCUGCAGACUGAAGGAUGUGUGGACGGAUGGAGCUUCGACCAAUCAGAGUUUUCUGCAACCACCGUCUCCGAGUGGGACCUGGUCUGUUCAAUGCGUCCCCUCAAACAGAUGAUCCAGACCAUCUAUAUGGGUGGAGUUUUAGCAGGAGCCAUCAUUUAUGGUGGCCUAUCUGACAGGUUUGGAAGGAAGACUGUCCUUAUAUGGUCCUAUCUACAGCUGGCGGUGCUGGGUUGUAGCGCUGCCCUUUCUCCUUCGUACACAGCCUACUGUAUCUUCAGGGCCCUGAGCGGGAUGGCGGUGUCUGGAAUCAUCCUCAAUGGAGUCUCCCUCAAGGUGGAGUGGAUCCCUACCAAAACGAGGACAGUAGUGGGAACGCUCACCUCCUUCUUCUUCACCUUUGGUCAGAUGAUCUUGGCAGGCCUUGCCUAUUGGCUGAGAGACUGGAGGAAGCUACAGGUGGUCGUUUGUGCUCCUCAGUUCUUGUUUUUUGCCUACAGCUGGUGGUAUGCAGAGUCAGCUCGUUGGUUGGUGCUAAACCGUCAGUCUGAGAAGGCCUUAAAGAGUCUCCACAGAGUUGCUCGGAUCAAUCAGAAACCAGAGAUCAUCAACAAACUGACCCUGGAGGUUCUGAAGUCUCACAUGAGCAAAGAGAUUGAAUCAAGUCGGGCAUCGUUUACAGCCGUUGAUCUGCUGAAAACCAGGCGGAUAAGACGCAUCUCCAUCUGUCUGGUCGCUGUCUGGUUCUCCACCAGUUUUGCAUAUUAUGGUUUGGCAAUGGACCUGCAGAAGUUUGGGGUGAGUAUUUACCUGAUGCAGAUCAUCUUUGGAGCUGUGGAUAUCCCUGCCAAAUUCAUGGCUCUGGGCCUGCUCAGUUACCUGGGGCGACGGGUGUCUCAAGUGUUGUGUCUCUUCCUGUCGGCCGUCAUCAUCUUCGCCAACAUCUUUGUCCCUACAGAGAUGCAGACCCUAAGAACCACCUUGGCUUGUCUGGGUAAAGCCUUCACUUCGGCCUCCUUCACCACCGUCUACCUUUACACUGGAGAGCUUUAUCCCACCGUCAUCAGGCAGACGGGAAUGGGCUUUGUCUCCAUGAUGGCGAGGAUUGGCAGCAUGGCGGCCCCAGCAGUCCUGAUCCUGGACGAGGUUUUUCCUGCACUACCCAGUAUAAUCUAUGGGGGCGCUGCAGUGCUGGCUAGUGGCUUUGCCUGCUUCCUGCCAGAGACACUCAACAAGCCGCUGCCUGAUACCAUUGAAGAUGUGGAGGAAAACAGUAGCUCCCACCUGGACGACGGUGUGGCUCUGAAAGAGGGCGUGGCCACGGAGGACGGCGUGUCUUUAAAAGGAAUAAAAGAAAAAGAAGGUACUGGCCUCAAUGCUCUCUAACCAAUCAGAGGAUUCGACAUCAGAGUCAGCACCAAAGACAGCUGAACAUCAACCAAUCAGACAGUUUGACAAUUUGAACCUUACAAUCCAAUCUGUAAUCAAUGAACAGGUGAUGGAUUACAGAUUAAUCUGAAGAAUACGAGCUAAAAUAAUGAAUCAUGUUUAAUGUCUAGACUUAAAAGAUUAAUAAACUGAAUGUGACAAACUGAUUGUUGAUCAUCAAUUACUGGUUGAAACUAUUGUCAGCCUUUUAAUAAAGC